CUUUUUUUUCUUCUUUUUCUAUAGUCUUCAAGUAGAAGAAGAAGAAAGAGAGAGAGGGGGGGGAGGAGAAGGAUCUUAAUCUUAGUAAUAUUAGAUAGAUCGAAAAGGAAUGGCAACGAAGCAGCAGCAAGCGGCAGUGGUGGGGUUGGGGUUAAUGGCAGUGUGUAUAGCAGGAUACAUAUUGGGCCCACCACUCUACUGGCACUUGAAAGAAGGAUUUGUUGCCGUCGCUCGAUCUUCUCCGAAUUGCUCUCCUUGUCUCUGUGAUUGCUCUUCUCAGCCUCUCCUCUCCAUUCCUCAAGGAUUGAGCAAUGCAUCCUUCACAGAUUGUGCGAAGCAUGACCCAGAGGUGACUGAAGAUGCUGAGAAGAACUUUGCAGAGCUACUGAAAGAGGAAUUGCAGCUGCGGGAAACUGAAGCACUAGAGAAUCAGCGGCGAGCUGAUAUAGUUCUGCUUGAGGCUAAGAAGAUGACAUCCCAGUAUCAAAAGGAAGCUGACAAAUGCAAUUCAGGGAUGGAAACCUGUGAAGAAGCAAGGGAGAAAUCUGAAGCCGCAUUAGUAGCACAAAAGAAAUUGACAGCAAUGUGGGAGCUGAGGGCGCGUCAGAGAGGAUGGAAAGAUGAGGUUGCCAAGUCCCAUACCCACUCUCAGGGGAAUGUUCAAUCCACGUAAAAGACCUGCCAUGGCCCCGCAAAACCUAUACCUUUUUUUUUCUUGGUGCUAUGGUAUGAUAUUCGGAACAAAAAAUUCACAAGUUCCACAGCAUUUAUACGAAUAUGAUUUAUAUUUGGGAUUCUAAUACUCAAGCAUACCGUUAUUAAGGAGCCUUUUGAAACAAUCAAGCUGCAUAAAAAGGCCCAAAGUGGAUUUUCUGUUAUUUCUUUUAGUAAAAUGUUUUACUUGUAAAACUCUAGAAGUAGAGAUUGAUUGAUUGAUUUUAGUGAGAAAAAUGGGAGAUAAUAUGUCUGCAA